AUGGCCCCGAAGCCGCCCUUCCAGCGGCCCUGUCGCCGCCCUCUUGAGCGGCCCCGUCGCCACCCUUGCAGCGGCCCGUCGCCGCCCUUCUCAGCGGCCCCACCACUGCACCUGCAGGAGCCUCGUCGCCGCCCUUUCAGCGGCCCCGCCACCUCCUUUCAGCGGCCCUUCCGCCGCCCCGGAAGCGGCCUCGUCGCCGCCCUCUCAUGGCCCCACCGCCGCCCUUUCAGCGGCCCCGCCACCUCCUCUCAGCGGCCUCGCCGCCUCCUCUCAGCGACCCUGCCGCCUCAUCUCAGCGGCCCCAGACGCCGCCCUCUCAGCGGCCAUUCCGCCGCCUUCUUUGCGGCCCCGCCGGACCGCCCAGCAGCCGAGCCGCCCAGCAGCCGAGCCGCCCAACCGCCGAGCCGCCCAACAGCCAAGCCGCCCAGCCGCCGAGCCGCUCAGCAGCCGGGCCGCCGAGCCGCCCAGCAGCCGAGCCGCCGAGCCGCCCAGCAGCCGAGCCGCCGAGCCGCCCAGCUGCCGAGCCGCCGAGUCGCCCUGCAGCCGAGCCGCCCGAGCCGCCCUGUCCGUGCCUCUCCUGCCCCUGUUGCUGAUGCUGAUGCCACUGUUUGCUCACAGUGGGCCACGCGCGAUGCUGCUACACGUCUUGCUGUGCGUCGCCACAUGCCUACCUCUGAGCUCACCCGCCUCCCUGACUCCCUUCGCAUAGUCAGGGACCACUUCCUCUCAGUUUGUCCCACCACUCUCACCGUUGACCUCCUCGAGAAGGCCCUCCUAGCAGCAGAGAAGAGCAUAGUCGCUGUAGGAGCCUCCCGUGGUGACCCGCGCACCCCCAUCUUUGAGGGGUGUUCCCCCUCCCCCCUUUUGCCCUCUGUUUCCUCUGCUGCUGCGGCCGACCUCGUUGGGCUUGAGUCGGUCGGUGCGGUGUCUACCCCUAGCGGGAGACGCCGCCUUGGCAAGGGCAAGGGGGGCACGGGCGCUGGAGGAGCUAGCGGGGGCGGUGGAGGCGGCGGUGGAGGCGGUGGAGGGAGUGGGGGUGGCGGUGGGGGUGGUGGCGGGGGUGGAGGUGUCGGUGGCGGCAGUAAAGGCGGAGGCGGCGGUGGCGAUGGCGGUGGGAGCGGCGGUGGUGGUGGGAGCGGAGGUGGCGGUGGUGGCGGCGGUGGAGGAGGCAGCGGCGGAGGAGGUGGAGCUGGUUGGGGUGGCGCUGCGCAGAGGGUCAGCUCCGGUGGUGGUCAGCGCCAGCAGCAGCAGCAGCGCACUCGUGACAUCCCCCACCCUCAGCAGCUCCGUGAGUGGUACGUUGCACGCCAGCGGGGUGGGGGUACUGGUCCGUGCAUCUACAUCCUACGCACCGGUGACCGCGCGGGUGAGCAGUGCGGGGGUGCGCACUCCACCCAGCGCUGCUUUGGCCGCCUGACGGAGGCUUGGCGUCACCAGUUAUCGGAGGCCACAGAGAUCCCCUGCUAG